CGACAGCGUGGCGCCUUCGCGGCGGCGUCUGCGAACAACCUGCUCCGCCAAGCCGCUGUGGGCGUCCCUGCCGCGAGACAGCUCUGUGCACGAACAUUCUGAGCGAGUGACAUCAGCAACACGACAGUUUGGCCAGCUGACUGCUCUGCCAGCAAACCUGUCGGCACUUUCAAUCUUUCAACAUCCCUCACCACACGUACCGCGGAACAAUAAGCUUAAAGGGCUCUCAAUGUGUGGGCGGUUCUGGUUCGUUUUGGUGGCGUCGUUCUGCUUCGGCGUCCUCGUGUCAACGUCGACGCACAAUGGCGACGCGGCGCUGGCUGGAGAUUCAGGCGGGAGCGCGACCGCGUCUUCCGUUUCACCGGCGAGCCCCAAAGAGAACAUUGCAGCCACCAUUCGUCGCUUCGUGAGCAGCCUGGCGCACAAAAUGCCACCAUGGGUCAAGCAGAAGUUGAUCGAGGUGCCCGUGUCCAUGCAGUGCUCGCUGGCCCUGUUCAAGAUGCUUCGCGGACUCUCGGACCUGGAACCCUGGGCAAUGCGCAUGUUCGACUCCACCGGCAAGAUGCCGACCGGAGUGUUCACGGGAACGGUCAGCGAACUGGGAUCCUUCGACGAGUGCCUUGCAACCGUUGUGAGAGACGACUCGGGCAGAGAAUUGGUCCGAGCCCAGUACUGCAGCCUCUACAUCCGCAUGGACAACGACACCUCGCUCGGCGAAAUUCUCCUGCCAGGACUGCUCAUGACGCACAGAAAAGCCCCUGUGCUCAUGGCUUACCAGAAGAACCCGAUCGUUCCCGGCUUUCGCUGGGGCAUCUGCGUCAUCUCAGAAUGCCAAGAAGAGGAGCUGCAAGCAGUCGCUCGCUCCCUCAUUGGUGACGCGGUGACUGUAAAUGUGAAAGACUGCGUGACGGACAUCACGCCGCCGCUCACCACAUCGCAGAUCGUCAUCGUGACUAUCCUGGCGACCAUUCUCAGCCUCAUGGUGGCCGCUUCUUUUGUGGACGCAUACGCGACCGAUGAUGUAAAGAAGAACGUGGCGGUGAAUGUCCUGAUGUGCUUCUCCAUGCCGGCCAACCUGAGGCUGCUGGCGUCCACGCCCGAGAAGACGUCCAACGCUUACAACCUGCGCUUCAUGCACGGCGUCCGUGCCUUCAGCAUCUACUACAUCGUCUAUGGGCACUCUGCAUCGGAGCUGGCGUUUACCACAUCUGGGUCUUUGAAUAUCCUGGGGUACAUGGAUCGGUACGACUCGACUCUGACGGCAGCUUCCUUCAUGUCUGUGGACAAUUUCUUCUUCUUGAGUGGGUACCUGCUGUUUUACACACUCAGCGGCGUCAAGAACGGAAGAGGAAUCGUAGCAGUCAUUAUCAUCGCGGUUCGACGUUGGUACAGGCUUGUGUUGCCCCUGGUGUUCGUGGCAUGCUGCUUCUCGCUGCUGCCCCUGUUUGCUACGGGACCAACCACUUCGUUGGUUUACGACAAGUUCUACGAAGACGUCUCCAACUACUGGUGGGCUCUCUUGUUCAACAUCCGCAACAUGUAUGAAGAGCUCACACUCGGAAUCAACGCCUAUACCUGGUACAUCUCGGCAGACUACCAGCUCUUUCUUGCGGCUCUCCUUGUUUACCAGCUGGCUGGAACACGUGCAAUCAUAGGCGCACUGGCAGUGCUGUCAAUCGCAUGUAGCUCCUUCACUGCAUGGCAGAUGCACGGCAGUAGGUACUCGCCAGUUAUCGUUCAGCUGACAGAGACGUACGAUGACUACUUGAAUAUGUUGACCAACGUCUACAUGCUUCCUACAUACCACGCCGCCUGCUUCUUUGGCGGUUGCAUUACGUUCUACGUGGUUGAAAAGUUCAAGAACGAAAAGAUUUCAAAGGCAGUCCAGGUGAUGCUGUGGGCCAUGGUCAUCGGCUUGAGCGCGGCCUGCGUGCUUUACCGUUUCGAGUGGACACGCGGUACAAGGCACAGCGAGCUGGCAAAGGUGUCGCUGGCCUUUUGGGAUCGAAUACUAUGGGCUUUAUCCCUGGCAGUGUUCACUUUCCUCCUUGCUACCAGAAGAGGAGGUUUUCUACAAAAGACGCUGUCGGCUGCUCCACUGGCGGUGCUGAGUAGGCUUUCCUACGGCAUCUACCUCGUCCACUUCCCGUUCUACUUUCUGUGGAAGAGCGCGGUGAGGGAGAAGUUGUACUUCAGCACGUUCAAUUUGUUCUCCCAGAGUGUGUCAGUGUUUGUCUGGAGUGGUAUGCUUGCGCUGGUCAUGUUCCUGGCCUGCGAGGCUCCCGUUGGUCGCCUGGACAAGAUCAUGUGGGGCAAGUCGCCACAGAAAAAGAAAGAAGAGCAAAUCAACGGAGGACACGACCUGGAGCUCCCCACACACCACAGUGAAGCACCGCAAGAGAUGCAUCAGCAGUGAAUAAAAGAGAAAUAACGCCCAC